UCUGUGGCUGGGCUCUGUGGCCCGGCUCUGCGUCCGCACCUUUCCAAGAAGGACAAACAAACAACUAAAAAAGUUUUGUGAUUUCAAUUUUCUGAGCUUAGUUUGCUAUAUCUCCAUCCACCUCCCAUAUAUAUAAAUAAUGAGCAGCUCUCCGCCAUUUUGAUCCUCGCUUAGUUUUCUAUAUCUUCUUCCACCUCCCAUAUUUAUGAAUACUAGCUGCUCCUCCAAAAAUGUUUCAGUGUUCGGUGUCAAAGACAAAAAUUCAUUGAUGAAGCAGUUUGCUCUUGGGGUGAAAGUAGGGCGAACCAAGAAAUCGUUUUUUUUGACUUAUAUUGGUCUUAAACGAAUCGUUGCAUCGUUUUGAAGCUGUUUGGGGUCUAUGCUUGUAUAAUUUAAUGCUUCAGGAUUCGGGCUUUGAAGGCACAAGCUCAAGCCGCUGCCAAUCCCAAUCCGCAGCCGAAGCAAGCCGAGCAGAAGCGGGCUGAACAACCACCAGGAUCCUAUGUGGUUCAGACUGCGCUCGUCCACACUGACUUCCAUGAAACCCAGCUCAUGACUGAAGAGAUGGUUGUACAAGCUGUUGCACAAGCCGCGUCUACAGUACCGGUGGAAACCAUGCCCUCGCCCAAAACAACCCCAGAAGAGCGCCGUGCUCAAUACCAAGGCAAGCCGAUAGGCGGUUCAGCGACUUUGGCAUUGGGCGCCCCUGCUGAAGCUUCAGCAUUGGAGGACCCAAAGGCUUCCAUGGUGCCUGUCGGCGAGGAGAAGAAGGACGAUCCAGAGAUGAUGCAUGACUCGCAGCUUGAUGCGGGGGAGGCCUACGUGACGAGGGACCAGCAGCUGCAAAGCAAGAAAGCACGGAAACAGAACCGUGGGAAGGGUCAGGCCCGCAAGAAGAAGGGUGGCAAGAAGAAGGGUGGCAAGAAGAAUAGAAAGGGGCAAGUGGGUCGUAAGAAGGUCCGCAGCCCAAUCAAGAAACGACGACAAGUCUUGAAGUCUGCCAGCAGCGUUGCUGGGCAUGAUUGCGCUGAUGAUCAUCCCCGGCGCAAGAGGCGCACUUCUGCCAAGGCAGCUGCGGAAGAGCAGCCAGCUGUUGUAGAGGCUUUGCAUCCACCAGUGCCUGAGCCUAAGGAGAAGGCGAAGGCAAAGCCAAAGGGACGGGCAAAGGCAAAGGCUGCUGUCAAAAGCCCAAAGGCAAAGGCUGCUGUCAAAAGCCCAAAGGCAAAGGCUGCCCGUGAACCCAAGACCGCUGCCAAGAGGGGCAGGAAGCGGCAAACUGCUGCGGAUGCCAUCAUGAACAACCCGGAUCGCUCUUAUGCUGUGGUGUCGGCCAUGAUGCACUUUGCUCAGAGGUUCCCAAAAGAGGGAGAUAUGGCUUUAGACGCUUUCAAGACGGCCGUGAGGGCUGAAUUGCGAGAAAUGGAGUGGUACCGUCCCAACAUCUAUUGGACCAGGAAUGGGUGUGGAGUGACCCAGAAGAGGCCUUGUGCAGGGCAGAAGGCAAGUGACAUCCACACCUUCAGCUUCAACACAGCAAAGGUACCAUGCCGUGAGAAGCUCGCAAUCGCCGUCUUCUGUGCAGAGGCCGCAGCUUGGGGCCUGGAGAACACGUGGGAGGGCUACGAGAAGGGCGGCUUCGAGAUUAGAAAGCUCAAAGCCAAUGCUGCCAUUGCGUUGCACAUGCUUUCCACCGGCAACAACGACUUGGAGUGGCUCCGAAAUGAGUGAGGGCUACCGCAUUUUGUUUCAUAUCGGUAUUGCCGGUAUCAUCGCACACUGUAGGCCAGUGUGUAUCCAGGGGUCUUAGAUAUGUAUGCAACAUGCGUCUAGACUUGGCCAAAGGCAUUAUACCUGAAAUGAGCUGUCCGCAUGCCAGUG